AUUUGGUAAAAAUGCCUCUGGACAGAAAUGCAGGGGAUACCUUGAUACAGUGUCCGGCCUUGUAUCACGAGGCUAUGAUGAGCACGUUCAUCAGAGUGGAAGGGUACAGGGUUCUUUUGGAAGAGGAAGAGGAGGUAACGAUGAAAUGGAAGAACGGUUUUGUGUCGGCGGGCCUGGAAAAGCUGGGCGGGUGGGACGAGAAGGGCACCAUGGGAAACGCUUACGUGCUCCCUAAGCACAAGGACAUUACGAAGAGCAGACCAAUCUGCCCUACAUUCAGUGAACCGACGAGUAAGAUCUGCAGGAAGAUGGCGAAGUGCUUGAAUAGGAUGAUGAAACUCAUUCUUGAAUCGAGCCACUUUAAUAUGGGGUCGGUAUCUGAGCUAGGGAGGAGGCUAAGGACGAUCAACAACAAGGUGGAAAGAAGAGGUGCAGAAUGGGGGGUGGAAGGAGCAUCCUUUGACAUCAAGGAUAUGUUUAGUCGCUUACCCCAUGCGGCUAUCCUUGAUGCACUGGACUGGAUGUGUGAAUGGUGUGAAGGGAGGGGUUUCAAGAGCGUGCAGGUGAGAAAGCAAGGGACAGGUACCAAAUUAAGUUAUAGAAAGCAGGAAGAAGGAUGGUGGGCUGUUGAUUUCGCAAAUGUGCGGAGAUUUGUGGCUUUCGAAUUAGAGCCUACCUAUACAAAGGCUACGGGCGCUAUAUUGAAACAGGUCAUAGGCAUACCAAUGGGGAAGAGCUCAAGCCCCCCAUUGGCAUGUAUCCUGUGCAUGAAGGCCGAGUACGAGUUCAUAUCGACGUUGGGUGACAAACGGAACAGGGUUUUCGGGAUGCGGCUUAUGGAUGAUGUCUCGAUAUUCGUGGCGAGAAAGAAGGAUGGUGAUGAUUAUGGUAAGGAGAUUAUUGGAAGGUUCGGAGGAUGCUAUGACGAGGAACUGACGCUGAAAAGAACAGAUGACGAGGAGGGAGUUUGGGAGUUUCUCGGUUGUAAGUUGACAAUUGAAGCCGAACAGCCGUACCUGGGCUGUUUCCAGAGAAACAAGAACAUGGCUGAAAUCUGGCAAAACAAGCCGUGCUCAAAACAAUCCAGGACUUCAGUUCGUGGACCUGCAGGCGGCAAAAAAAGUGUUGUUAUUACAGGCGAGCUGAAUAGGAUCUAUGUCAACACUACACGGCAGGAGGAGCUGCUACCUCUGGUGCUUACCCUGAAGAGAGAACUGCGCGGGAAAGGUUACCCACCCGAGUUUUUCAACAACGGGCUCAGGCGUUUCGCGGCGAACAAGGACGAGAUUUGGAAGCUGAUGGUGGAGUUGAUGACUACGUGGUGAACAAGGAUGAGUUGUAGGGCUUUGGAUGUAUGUCGGGGAGGUUCGGGGGGAAUAACUAAGCUGGAGGCGG